CGAUUACUAAAUCUCCCCGGCGAACUGCGAAAUUAUAUCUACAGGCUUGCUCUUGUUGAAGACGACCAUAUCAAGAUCAGCAAGAACAGCAAGCCGCUGCAACCCGGCAUUUUACAAGUUUCUCGACAAUGUCGGAAGGAAGCUUCGGACAUCUACUAUCAAGAGAACAUCUUC